CAGGGACUUGCUCAAAUGGCACGAUAAAUUCCAGGGUUGGUCGUUCCUUCGCUAGGUUCGCUUUCGCGCCACGUUUUUGUCCCGCGCCGAUUUCUUUCCCGCGCUGGAUUGUUCCCCUCUCUCGGGGAAUGCUUGUCGCAUCAGGCGGCUCAGCUCAGCUGCACCUCAAUGAUCUUGUUAGUGCAGCUAAGUAGGAGCGGAGAAACGAUGAAUGCUAGAAUAUCUAUUUUGGCUUCAGAGCCAGUUCUGCUUUUCACAAGCGGGCCUUUUGGCUAUAUAGCCUCGUCCAUCCCUCGCAAGCGGUUCUUUUUGGCCGGGCUCUCGCCGAAUUAGAGCACUCGCCGCCGCGUGACAAGGCGAGAGACCUGAGUUGACCCCUCCUUAGUGGUUGCGCACCACACCGCUGUAGUCUGCUCGGAAGAUCCCAUCUCUGUAGUCAUGCAGCCGUUUCUGCCAAUUGCAUCUUGUGAAAUAGUCCGACUCGCACCCGUGUCCCGCCGCACAAAAUGCUCGUUCGCGCCUGUGCCCAUCCUCGUCCUAUUCUCGUCCCAUUUUGCGGCGCUGCCUCCUUCGAUGGUCCGCUGGCGGCCAACGGUUCUCGUCUGCUCUGCUGGCGAGCCGACAGCGAAUUAGGGUUGAGUAUUUAGGAUGAGUCGGCAUCGGGAUUCGAGUCGGGUCGGGUCGGGACUCGGGUCGGGUCGUCACCUCACGACGCUUCUUGAGUGGCCAUGGCUUUCCCAAACCCGCCUCGCUGGCCACGCAAGCUCCCAACGCGCAUUACUGGCAGUGCCGCUCUCGUGCCACCCCCACUCCUUCCGCCUGCAGCCCACUCCUUUCCUUCUCGCCAGCCCACUCCAGCCCACUCCAGCCCACUCCAACCCACUCACGGCCCACUCUGAGCGGAAAGGCUCUCACGAGGCACUUUGAAACCCUUUCUCCUAGGACAUAAGCGCGGAUGCCGCGCACGAUGGUAGUCAAGGGGGUCAAGCGUUUUUUUCUGGAGGGGGACUCUCAUUCGCCCGCGGAUUCCUCCGCCGGGGGGACGUUGCGCUGAGCUCCCCCCCCGCAGGCCUUCCCACCGCGGCGAGUCUCCCUCUCACGGAGGGGUCCGUGAGGUAUUUAAUCCCCCUCUCGGCCUCUCCUUCACCACAGCCUUCGCUUUGAGAGCCUCUCAGCCUUUGCACCCUUUCUUGCAAACCACCACAGUACUAGUACUGCACGUGCUCCCCGAGAACUCCGCUGACCCUUACGACUCCAACCACACGCGCACCUAGUUCUGCUGCGGCUCCGUCUCGCUAUCUCCUGCUGUUGCUGCUUCUGCUGCUGUCAAGGGGUCAUCUCCACGUGAUACCUCCGAGGGUACAAUCUCAGCUCGUGACGUCAUCACCAUCGUGCCAUCGUCAUGGGUCGUCUGGUGCUCGCUGCGGCGCUCGUGGCCCUCGUCCUCUCCGCCUGUGCGACCAUGGCUGCCGCCAUCCGCCUGCCGUCGACCACGCCCUGCAAAUGGGGGCACAACAGGGAUGCGUCAGGCAACUGCGCUGACACCUGCGCAAUCCGCAACUGCGGCACCAACUCCAAGUGCCUCAAGGACGAGGCUGGCUGGGCCAACUGCGUGUGCCUCAAGGGCUUCCAGCUGCUGCCCAACGCCUCCUGCGCCCACUCGUGCGCGAUCUUGGUGUGUGACCCGCAUGCCACGUGCGUGAAGGAGGAGGACUCGUUGGCCAAGUGUGUGUGCAACUGGGGAUACGUCAUGACCCCCGAUGGCGUCUGCAUUGACACGUGCGCGAACAAGGCGUGUGACGGCACGUGCACCAAGGACGCUGCUGGGGCGGCAGUCUGUCAUUGCAACAAUACCAUUGGCCUCGUGCUGCUGGAAGACACCAAGACGUGCAAGGAUGCAUGUGAGGUCGCGGCCUGUCGCACCAAUUUCACGUGUGCCAGAAAUCCCGACAAUCUGGCCGACGUGAAUUGUGAAUGCCAGGAGGGAUACGCGCUGUCAGGGGACAAAUGCAUUGACAAGUGCGACAUCAAGGGGUGUUUGGGUGGCACGUGCAGCCAGAUCGAUGGAGAGGCAGUGUGUGACUGCCAUGGUGCGACCACUGGCCUCAAGCUGCUGGAGGACACGGUCACGUGCCAAGAUGCAUGUGUGCUCGAGGCGUGUCGCACCAAUUUCACGUGUGCCAGGAAUGUUGACAAUCUGGCCAACGUGCGCUGUGAAUGCGAGGACGGAUACGCGCUGGCGGAGGACGGCACAUGCAUUGACAAGUGCGACCUCAAGGGGUGUUUGGGUGGCACGUGCAGCCAGAUCGAUGGAGAGGCAGUGUGUGACUGCCAUGGUGCGACCACUGGCCUCAAACUGCUGGAGGACACGGUCACGUGCCAAGAUGCAUGUGAGGUCGCGGCCUGUCGCACCAAUUUCACGUGUGCCAGGAAUCCGGACAAUCUGGCCGACGUGAAUUGUGAAUGCCAGGAGGGAUACGCGCUGUCAGGGGACAAAUGCAUUGACAAGUGCGACCUCAAGGGGUGUUUGGGUGGCACGUGCAGCCAGAUCGAUGGAGAGGCAGUGUGUGACUGCCAUGGUGCGACCACUGGCCUCAAACUGCUGGAGGACACGGUCACGUGCCAAGAUGCAUGUGUGCUCGAGGCGUGUCGCACCAAUUUCACGUGUGCCAGGAAUGUUGACAAUCUGGCUGACGUGCGCUGUGAAUGCGAGGAUGGAUACGCGCUGGCGGAGGACGGCACAUGCAUUGACAAGUGCGACCUCAAGGGGUGUUUGGGCGGCGGCACGUGCAGCCAGAUUGAUGGAGUGGCAGUGUGUGACUGUGAUAUGGAGACCAGUGGCAAAGUGCUGCUGGCAGACACAAUCACAUGCAAAGAUGCAUGUCAGGUGAAGGGCUGUGCUACCCUUGGCGACUUUGGCCAGUGCAUCAGGAAUCCAAUGAAUGCAUCCGACGUGCGCUGUGCAUGCAAGGAUGGCUAUGUGCUCUCAGGAGGCAUAUGCGUUGAUGCGUGUGAGCUCGAGGCCUGUGCAAUCAAAGACAUCAAAUCCGAGUGCAUCAGGAAUCCGCUGAAUCCGACCGAUGUGCACUGUGCAUGCGUGGAAGGCUACGUGCUGUCAGGAGGCAAAUGCACUGAUGCGUGUUUGGUGCAGGCCUGUGCUACCAAAGACACCAAGUCCGAGUGUUUAGUGAAUCCACAGAAUAAGACUGAUGUGCACUGCGCAUGCCUGAAUAACUACGUGCUGUCAGGAGGCGUAUGCACUGACACCUGUGCGCUGAAGGGCUGUGUGGGCGGCACGUGCGAUCAUAACACCGAUGGGUCGGCAUUCUGUUACUGCAAUGCUGAUGCUGGCUUCGUGCUGCUGGGCGAUAAGUUGACGUGCGAACACGUGUGCACUAUUGCGAAUUGCAAAAACAAGGAUCCCAACUCUUUUUGCACGUGGACUAAGGCCGGUGGGGCAACGUGUCCUUGCAUGCUGGGUUUCAAUACCCCAGUAGGUGGUGGCUUGUGCACUGACACCUGCACACUCAAGGGUUGUGGUGCGCACAGCACCUGCAAGCACCGCGACGAUGGAUCGGCAUUCUGCGUUUGUGACACUGGCUAUACACUGCAGGAAGAUGGCGUGACAUGCAAGGAUAACUGUGCCAUCCUGAUGGAUAAGUCGCCUUGCACCGGUGUCAACGAGCAGUGCGCUAAGAAUGCCACGGGGUGGGCCUCCUGCGUGUGCAAGCCUUACUACCACACGUACAAAGGCUAUUGUGCCAAUCGCUGCAUCGACAAGCCCAAAUCGGAGCAGUGCCCUGACAACUCGUACUGCGUGAGGCGGGUGGACGGGAUCGCGUUCUGCAUUUGCAACGAUCCGAAAGAUGCCAAGUCCAGUGGAGCCGGUGGCUGUGGCACGCUGGAUGGUUUAGGGACACCGUAAACGCCACAUGGACUGGGCCGUAAACUUCGCUGGAAGGUGGAAGCACAGGAGAGUGGGGUGCUGCUGGAAGGUGGAAGCAAAGGAGAGCUGGGGUGCUGCUGGAAGGUGGAAGCAAAGGAGAGCUGGGGUGCUGCUGGAAGGUGCAAGUACGGGGGAGCGUUGACCCCUGAUUGGCCUUGUGUGAAAUUCGACCUUUUUGUUUUGCUCAGUACCCUUGUUGAUUUUUGGGCGUUUCUUUAGUGCCAUCAAUAGGUGUUCUUGGCAAUAUGAAUAUAUUGUAUCAGUUUGUUUAUAU